AUGGUGGUCCGUGAUGAAGAGGAGCAUGGGACCAUGGGUGCAGGGGAGCAUGGGACCAUGGGUGCAGGGGAGCAUGGGACCAUGGGUGCAGGGGAGCAUGGGACCAUGGGUGCAGGGGAGCAUGGGACCAUGGGUGCAGGGGAGCAUGGGACCAUGGGUGCAGGUCUGCAUGGGACCAUGGGUGCAGGGGAGCAUGGGAACAUGGGUGCAGGGGAGCAUGGGACCAUGGGUGCAGGGGAGCAUGGGACCAUGGGUGCAGGUCUGCAUGGGACCAUGGGUGCAGGGGAGCAUGGGACCAUGGGUGCAGGGGAGCAUGGGACCAUGGGUGCAGGUCUGCAUGGGACCAUGGGUGCAGGGGAGCAUGGGACCAUGGGUGCAGGGGAGCAUGGGACCAUGGGUGCAGGUCUGCAUGGGACCAUGGGUGCAGGGGAGCAUGGGACCAUGGGUGCAGGGGAGCAUGGGACCAUGGGUGCAGGGGAGCAUGGGACCAUGGGUGCAGCGCGGGGGCGGGGAGUGGAAGCGGAGGGGAAGGCGGAGUGGAAGCGGGGGGGAAGGCGGAGUGGAAGCGUGGGGGAAGGCGGAGUGGAAGCGUGGGGGAAGGCGGAGUGGAAGCGUGGGGGAAGGCGGAGUGGAAGCGUGGGGGAUGCUUUGGGGAGCAUAAGAGUAUCGGAUCAGCGGGGCAUCGGAGCAAGGGAGAAGCACAACGGGGGAGCAGCGAGGCGCGGGAGGGAAGAGGAGCAUUUCGGGAGGGGUUGCCUCCCUUACCGUCUACCUAGGACCCGCUCCCUUGGCGUUCGCGCCAUGCAGCCUCUUUUUUAA